UGCUAGAGAAAAGGGACAUGUUAGAGGCUGGCAGGGCCGCGGAGCCGCGCGUCUAGACGAGGGGGUGAGACUGGCAACCCUUUCAGAGAUGGGCAACGACGCCAGAAGAGAAAGGACGAGAGUCUGAAGUGUGUGACCUCAAGGCGGGCUCGGUGUUGUCGCUCCGGGACGCUCGUAUGGAAGAGUUAUUUCAUGUUUGAAAUGUGGGAGAUGGUGGCGUUAACGAGAGCGAGCUCUCCCUUCCUGUCGUCUAGGACAAGAUGGCAGCAAUGCAGGCGAACUGUGUGUGGUAUGGAUUUAUAAGUCCAUAACAUGCUCAGAGAAGCCUUGGAUUUGACUUAAAGCGACUCUAUGUGAAGGUAUGGCCUCACAAGUCUUGGUCUACCCACCACACAUUUAUCAAACCCAGACAAGUGCCUUUAGCAGUGUGAAGAAACUCAAAGUUGAGCCUGGCAGUUGUGUGUACCAUGAGAAAGCACACCCGCGGACUUAUCUGAACAGCAGAACCCUUGGCAUUGUGCACCCAACUAAACAAGCCCACUCAUUUGUGAACCGAGACUUAGCAGUGGGUCUAAAAGUUUGUGGAGGACAGCAGUACCCGGUGCAGACAGUGGUGGUGCGUGGCGUGCAAAGACAGCAGCCCGGUCGAAGAGGAGGGGGACCAGGCCCGCUUGUGGUCCAGCAGCAACAGGAGGCAAGGGUUGUCCACGUACAGGACAAGGAGCAGCAGCAGCAUCCGACAGUUGAAGCAAGUGGGAGCAGCGGUGGAGGAACAGGGGCAGGAGGAGGAGGAAGGGGAGAGGGCUGCAGUGGAGGAGUUGAGGGAGGAGGAGGGGAGGAGGGCGACAGAGAGGAAGACUGUGAAGGUUUGAACUCAGCUGACAGCUCUCAGCGAUGUGGGCUGAAACGCAAAAGUGAGGAGCUGGAUAACCGAGGAAGCACCAUGCAGAUUGUGGAGGAACUGUCAAUGUUGCCUGCCAUGUUGCAAACGACGAAUGUGGGGAAUGCAGCUGUGACGGCACCGGCGGCUGUCGGAGUUGGAGGAGGCCCCUCUAAACAGGGUGUAGGACAUGGUGGUGUAGGUGUCACAGGAGGGACAGGAGGAGGGGACGGAGACUAUCAGGUGGUACAGCACGAAGUCCUGUGUUCCAUGAAGAAUACUUAUGAAGUGCUGGAUUUCUUGGGGCGGGGCACAUUCGGCCAGGUAGUCAAGUGCUGGAAAAGGGGUACGGGUGAGGUGGUGGCCGUAAAGAUCCUGAAAAAUCACCCAUCCUAUGCACGACAGGGACAGAUUGAAGUUGGGAUCCUUGCUCGUUUGAGUGGGGAGAAUGCAGAUGAGCACAACCUGGUGCGAGCCUUUGAAUGCUUCCAGCAUCGCAGCCACACCUGUCUAGUAUUUGAGAUGCUUGAGCAGAACCUGUAUGAUUUUCUGAAGCAAAAUAAGUUCAGUCCUCUCCCCCUGAAAGUGAUCAGACCUGUGCUACAGCAAGUAGCCACAGCUCUGAAAAAGUUAAAAUGCAUGGGUUUAAUACACGCAGACCUUAAGCCGGAAAACAUCAUGCUGGUGGACCCAGUAAGGCAACCCUACAGGGUGAAAGUGAUUGACUUUGGCUCAGCCAGUCAUGUCUCCAAAGCAGUGUGUUCAACGUACCUCCAGUCUCGUUAUUAUAGGGCUCCAGAGAUUAUUUUGGGAUUGCCGUUUUGUGAAGCCAUAGACAUGUGGUCCCUAGGCUGCGUGAUAGCCGAACUUUUUCUGGGCUGGCCCCUUUACCCAGGAGCCCUGGAGUAUGACCAGAUUCGCUACAUCUCACAGACGCAAGGUUUGCCAGGAGAACAUUUACUGAAUGCAGGGACAAAAACGGAACGGUUUUUUUGCAGAGAGUCUGACUCACCUUAUGCAGCAUGGAGACUAAAGUCAACAGAUGAGCAUGAGACGGAGACGGGGAUGAAAUCGAAGGAAGCAAGGAAGUACAUCUUCAGCUGUUUGGAUGACAUAGCGCAUGUGAACUUGAUGAUGAAUCUGGAAGGUAGUGACUUGCUAGCAGAAAAAGCAGACCGCCGGGAGUUUGUGGGCCUGCUGAAGAAGAUGUUGCUGAUUGAUGCAGAUGAGAGAAUCGCCCCUGCUGAAGCUCUCAUCCACMCAUUUGUGACAAUGCAACACCUGCUCGACUUUCCACACAGCAACCACGUAAAGUCAUGUUUCCAUAUCAUGGAUGUUUGCUGGACUCGUCCCAGUGCGUAUGAGGCUGCCAAUCGAAACAAAGGUCCUUUUGUUAGACCUACAACUGCUGCCUCAGCCAACCACCCCUUCAGCAAGAUCCCAGCUGUCCAUACUCAAGGUUUAGUUCCAUCGGCACCCUCAGUAAUGCACCCAGGUAUACCACUUCAGGCUGGGAGUGGUCAGUUUGGAUGCAAUGAGUCAUUUCAGCAGGCUCUCAUUCUGUGUCCYCCAACAAUACAAGGCAUCCCCACUAACGCAGCAAAACCAGCUGGCUACUCUGUGCGUAUGGAGGCCUCUGUACCUCUGGUCACUCAAGCUCCCUCCAUUCAGCCAAUACAAAUCAGACCUGGAGUCAUCACACAGGCCUGGUCGAGCCGUGCACAGCAGAUAUUGGUGCCCACUUGGCAGCAGGUGACAUCUGUGCCCCCACCGCCAACCACUCUGGCAUCUGACACUGUGACAGGCUCUCAGAGAAUUGGCGACUGGGGGAAAGUACGUCCCCAUGGUAACCAUUACAGCUCCAUGAUUGCACACCCUCAGCCAUUCUUAACUAACCAAAUGACCAUGUCCGCCCACCAGCCAGUCAACAUAGGCAUUGCACAUGUGGUGUGGCCACAGCCAGCUGCAAAUAAGAGAGCAAAACCUUGUAUGAACAGGUACUUCACAUUAAAGACCAGAUAUACAGUAUACUGCAUUAUCAUGCUCCUUUCUGAAUGUAAUGAUUUAUAUUUUCAAAUCGUUCAUAGGAGCAGCAACAACUCCCAAAACACAACCAUUCAAAACUUAGCAUGUCACUCUCCAAAGAUGGCCGACACAGCAAAGAAUGUGGAAGAGAUCGAGGAAGAGGAGGCCAAAUGUCCAAAGGAAGGACACUCUGUGGGGGAGGAGCAAGCAGCAGAGCAAGUGGAGGAGGAUGAGGAGAACUGCUGUAAAGUGGAGCCAGACUGUGACGAGCGCUCGGGUUCACAGGAGCAGCGGCAGGCCAUGGUGAUCUCUGAUCUAGCCAGCCCRACUGUUAGUGUCAUCAGUAUCAGCAGUGAUGAAGAGGACGAUGCACAAAGACACUCAAUGGGGGAAUGUAAGGGCAGCGCUGAUUGUGAAGCGUGUCARAGCACCGUCAGCAUGGAGAGAGUGUGUUCUCUCAGCAGCCCCGACAGUACGCUCAGCACCAGCUCUUCCACCUCAGCACAGUCCAGCAACUCUCCCUGCAAACACCCCAACAGCAUGUCGGAUGAUGAACAGGAGAGCAGUUGUGACACAGUGGACAGCUCGCCUACAUCGCACGGCUCUGGCCACAGCAGCAGUCCCUUUACAGAGCGCCGCUACAUUGCUGACAGCAAUCAGAACUGUGAGCCACGGGUUGCGUGCGUCGCCCCAGAAACUGAGCCCAGCAAGCCAACGGUUCGGACCGUUGUAGUGCCGCCAAUGAGGGUGCAGAACAAUAACUGUGCUGUCAGCGAAACAUCUGGAAACACAGUCUUCGAGUCUUCAUGCCAGUCCAGAAGGCGAGGCAUUCCUGGGCGCCAGCAUCACCACUCUACCCCACUCCUCAACAGGCCACAGAAAAUCACCCCUGUGUUUCAGCCCCAGCAGCAGCAGCCUAUUGGUUUUGGGCAGGUGCAGCAUUUCAAUUCUUGCCACCAGGAGUGGAAUGGGAACUUUGCCAACCGKCGACCGCAGGCCUACAUCCCUCCUACCAUGCACGGGCACACGUUCACGCUCUCCCACAGCAGUCCCAACCACACAGCUGGCCCCCACCCCCACCUUGGAGGGCACCCGCACUCCCAGCCUACCUUGCUGUCAUACCCUCMGUCUGGCCCUCUGGUCCCGACUGCCCCCGUGGCCCACCUCCUGGCUUCCCCCGGAGCUUCCCGCCCCGUCCUCCAGCCUACCUACAGCAUCUCCCACCCAGCAGGCAUUGUUCACCAGGUGGCAGUGGGUAUCAACCCCCGGCUGCUGCCUUCCCCUACUAUACACCCCCAGGGCCAGUUCAAGCCCCUGUUCCCCCCGCACUCUUACAUUGCUUCRCCCGCUUAUGGCAGUUUCCCUCUCAGCCCUACCAAAAUAAACCAAUACCCUUACAUCUGAGUGUGGCUGCUCUGGUACCUUUUCUACCACCGGGGGGCUAAGCAGGGUGAAAUCUAUCUCAAACCACAAACAUGGCUUUCUGUUCAGAAAACCAUGGCACAACCACAGAGAAAGCAAACUAUUUUUUGAAUCAUGUAGACUUGGGUGUAAUUGAACUUCAAGCUUUAAAAAAAA